CAAGUUAUUGUCCAUGGAGUCAUGUGCUCCAUGUUUAAAAUCUAGGUCAUAACUUUCAUUACCACCAGGCACCAGGCACCAGGCACCAGGCACCAGGCAAUCUUUAUAUCUUAUGGGGGCAUUUCUAUUCAAGUAUGCUUCAUGUUUUUAAAAAAUAAAAAUAAGAAUAAAAGAAUAAAGGAAAUAUUUUAUAUUCCAAAAUUCUAAAUUGAGAGACAGAAACACCCACUUCCUCCACGAUGCAGUAGAGGGUAGAGCAGAGUGUCGUUAGAAAUGGUUGCAAACAAAAGGAAGCCAUCGUUUUCCCCCAAGUUGUGAUUAACCCAAACACCAAAUACCAAAACGAAACACACCCAUCUUCACCAUCCUCCAAACCCGGAAAUGGAGGAAGGAAGCAACAACAGGGCUGAGGCCGAACGCCUACUGGGUGUCGCCGAGAAGCUUUUGCAUACCCGUGAUUUCAAUGGCUCUAAAGACUUCGCAAUUCUCGCCCAGGAGACCGAGCCCCUCCUCGACGGCACCGAUCAGAUCUUGGCCGUCGCUGACGUCCUCAUCGCCUCUGAAAAGCGCAUCAACAACCACCACGAUUGGUACGCCAUCUUGCAGACCGACCGCCGAUCCGAUGACCUUGAUCUCAUCAAGAAACAGUAUAGGAGACUCGCUCUCCUUCUGCACCCGGACAAGAACAAGUUCGUCUUCGCCGAUCACGCCUUCAAGCUUGUGGCGGACGCCUGGGCGGUCCUCUCCGACCCCGCUAAGAAGUCGCUUUACGACAACGAGCUCAGCCUCUUCUCCAAAGUCGAUCUCGCGGCGUUGAAGGGUGACAGAUUGCCGGUGAGGCGGAGCCUCAGGAAAAACAACAACGGCAGCAAGAAGCCUAAGGGAAUGGAGGAGCCGAGCUCCGGCUCGUCCGAUGAUCAACGGCCGUUGCGGCUAACGAGUUUUUGGACAGCCUGUCCAUAUUGUUAUAUAUUGUAUGAGUACCCUAGGGUUUACGAGGGUUGUUGUUUGAGGUGUCAGAAUUGCCAGAGGGCGUUUCACGCGGCAUUGGUACCGUCGUUGCCGCCGUUGGUGCCGGGCAAGGAGGCCUAUUACUGCUGCUGGGGUUUCUUUCCGCUAGGGUUUGCAAUUUCUGGGGCAGAGGGCGGAAAGGGUAAGGGUGCGGGAGGGUUUCCAAAUUGGAUGCCACCCAUGUUUGGAGGUGGAGUUGCGGCGGAGGGCGGUGGCGGGAGUGCUGGUGGGGUUGGGGUCGUAGAGGUGUCGGACGGAAGUGCAUCAGCUGGAUUGGUGAAGCCGAAGAGGAGGGGAAGACCUCCAAAGAAGGCAGUCCACGUCUAAAUUAUGGUUUUUGCGGAGGACUGGAGGAGGGGCAUGAGGGAAGGUGAUGAUGAGAUAGGUUUUUACUUUUUUUUUUCUCUCUUUUCUCUUCACUCUUGCCCUCUUCUUCUUGACCGUGGAUCGGGGGUGGAAGUGGAACUGCAUAUAGCCAAUCUUGCUAUUCAAUGUUGUUUUGUUUUGUAGAUUUUGGCUCUCAAUCUUUUGUUCUUGGACUGCCUGUAAAUUAUAUUUUGCAGUAAUGUCAUUCCCUCUAGUUUUCUGCAA